GACGUCUUGUCUUCUAUACGCGCUAUGUUCGCGUUCGUUUGUUCGUUUCACACCCUCGACGAUUAUAUUAUGUAGUUUAGUCGUGCAUUGUGAACUCUGUGACUGUGAUAAUCGAAAACUAUUGCUAUCCUGCUCAAACUUUUUAUAGUGUACGAUUUUACCAAAUAUCCAAGCAUGGUGCGCGUGUUAGUGACUUUGGGCCACUGUUGUCUGUGUUGCUACACACUGGACUGGACUGAUGGUGGACUGCUGUCUAGAUGUAUUAUGGAUGUAAAGAACUGACAAACACGACCCUGAAAGCCAGAAAGUCUGUGCUGGAACUGCGUUCUACCAACUGGGCUACCACGGCUCUCUCAGGUAAAUUCAUCAUCAUCAGCCCAUUAACGUCCCCACUGCUGGGGCACGGGCCUUCCCUAUGGAUGGAUAUGGAGAUCGGGCCUUAAACCAUCACGCGGGCCCAGUGCGGAUUGAUGGUCAUUAACGACUGCUAAUGCAGCCGGAACCAACGGCUUAUCGAGCCUUCCGAAGCACGGAGGAGCUCGAGAUGUAAACUACAGAAACUCGCUGCUAAACACACGGGCAACAGAAGAAUGACAAAAAGUGUACUUUAGUGACGUAGUGAUAUUUAGUGACUUAGUGACGGUAAUUUAGUUUGUGUAGUGCAACUUUAGUGACAAAAUGAGGUGAUUUCAACACUAUUGGUAGACGAACUAUGUGCUGUGAAGUUUUAGUGUAUAAUAGUCAAAAUGUGCGUCAGAAGCUUUGUUGCCGUUUUGUGUGUACUCUCUUCAACCCAAGCCUUCCAGCAGCAGUACUUCAGGGUGUCUCCUCGCAGCCUCCGCGUACAAGAGGGCGCGGAGGCGGUGCUGGAGUGCGCAGUCGCUAACUUGGCCGGCCAAGUGCAGUGGGCCAAAGACGGGUUUGCCCUUGGUUUCUCAUCAGUGAUACCCGGAUACCCGCGCUACACAAUGUUCGGCGACCGUCGCCAUGGCGUAUACAACCUGAGGAUAGUGAAUGUCAGCCUUGAAGACGACGCGGAAUACCAGUGCCAGGUCGGACCUGCGCAGAUGCACAAGGUCAUCCGCGCGAAUGCUACGCUCACUGUUAUAUCGCCGCCAACCGCGGUAGAGAUCACGUCGCACCCUCACAACUCCAAGCUGGAGGUUCGGGAGGGAGAGGACGUGUCCUUGGAGUGCCAGGCUAAGAGUGCCAAGCCUCCUGCCAAGUUGGUUUGGUACCGCGGAAAUGUGGAGCUGAAAGGUGAUCGAGUAUCGAAAGAGGAAGUUAAAGAAGUUGAGAGUGCUAAUGGAAACCCGAAAGGAACAAGAUAUACAACUAUAUCCAGGGUCCACUUCAAAGCCGCUGCUGAGGACGACUACGCAGACUUCACUUGUGAAGCGAGACACGAGGCGUUGUCUCGAGACCACCCUAUGAGGAGCAUUGUGCAGCUUAGUGUCCUAUGUGAGUAA